GGUCUAACAUCUCAUCCUGAUCGCCCGUUCCUGCUUGCCUCAUCAUCCCGAGACUCCACAGUGCGGCUGUGGUCCAUCACAUCAUUGGUACAGCCCAUAGAGCUACACAUACUGGCAGGGAGGCCUUGGGCAGAGAUGGGGGCUGUAGGGGGUAAGUUUGAUUGAUAUGAGACAUGGAACUACUUUCUGCUUUAAAUAAGUUAUAUUCAUUCAUUUCAAUGAUCCAGUAUCUAGUUUUUCUAUCUGUUGUGACAGUGUAUGUUCACAUAGUUGACAACAAGACAAGUAAAAGUCUGAGGUCAUGUUUUUUAGAAGAGUGCAUUGACUAAUGGAUAUAUUAUUGACAGCUUAAAAGCCAUACUAUAAGCAUUCAAAAUAGACCCAAGCACAUGGAAAGAAUUGGCAAAGGAUCUCGCAUCAUAUCAUUCCUUUUACACAAGGGCUUCAUAAAACAUGAAGCCAAAAGAACAAUGGCUGCAAAGCACAAAAGACGUACCAGAAAAGCCUGGGUCCACUCUGCACAUUGAGAUUUCUCAUUACUCCCCUUCACUUACUGCACAAGAACAUUUCAUGCCAUACCAUGUCUCAUGAGCGUUCUGCGCACCCACAGCCAACAAAAUAGCUAACACAAAUACAAUGAUACAAGUGGUCAUGGUCGAUUUCAACUGACUAAACUAUAUUUUCUUUUGUUGACAAUUUAUAACUUUUUUUUAAAAAUGCUAUAGGACAUGUAAAAUCGAAUCAUUUGGCUGCUAAUUUUUCAUUUUUCAACAAACAUUCUGUUAAUCAUUAAAAUAUCUAAAAAUUAAGUUUAAAAGUUUAUGCAUAAAUAUCUGUUUGAAUCAAAUCAGCAGCACCAUCUGGUGCAUUAUCCACAAAUGUGUUGGCCGGCAGAACAUCCAAAGACCUCUACAG